AUGUGGCUGAAGCGCGAACCGCGAAUCGGCGCGCUCCAGUCGUGCUGCCAAGUCAUCGAAAAGGCGGCUCGCCACCUUCCGAGUCAGGCGGGACUCGGACCCAGCCUUCAGGCGGCCUGCGUGACGUUGUGGAACCUCUGCCUGCCAGUGCUACAGGCCGGACGUCUGGGCGAGCCUCGUCUUGUCGCCUGCCUCGAUCGUCUACUGCGAACUCUGCGAACCCUCGACAGGUGGGCUCCUCCCCCGCGUCUUAGACAGCCUAUCCCCUUUCUGACACACCUCGCGGUACCAUUCUCACCCAUUGCUCUCACCUCCCUCCCGCCUCCCUCACAGCAUGCUUCACAGACUGCGCUGUCAGGGCCACAUGAUGCUGGCCCAUUGCCUGGUCGAGGUCGAACAAAUACCCGCCGCCAUCAGACAGGUCGACGAGGUGAGUCGCACCAUCUGCCUCUCGGGCCGAACAUGACAUACCUCAGCAGAGACGACCGGGUCGGAAAGAUGGAAGGUGUCGUCAUGUGUGCCAGUUAUACACAUGACCACCACCACCUCCUCCUCCUCAUUCUC